UGUGUGUGGAGUUUGAUGGAGAAUCUUGGAGGAAGAGAAGAUGGAUAGAAGUCUACAGCCUUCUAAGGAGAGCAUUUUUAGUAGAGCAUAACUUGGUUUUGGCUGAACGAAAGUCACCUGAGAUUUCUGAACGAACUGUUCAGUGGCCUGCAAUAAUGUAUAAAUCUCUGUUGGACAAGGCUGGUUUGGGAUCCAUAACUUCUGUUCGCUUUUUGGGAGACCAACAAAGAGUAUUUCUUUCUAAAGACCUUUUGAAGCCUAUACAGGAUGUAAAUAGUCUUCGACUUUCUCUUACGGAUAAUCACAUUGUCAGUAAAGAAUUUCAAGCUUUAAUUGUGAAACAUUUAGAUGAAAGCCAUCUUUUACAAGGUGACAAAAACUUAGUUGGUUCAGAAGUAAAAAUUUAUAGCUUGGACCCAUCUACUCAGUGGUUUUCAGCAACUGUUGUAAAUGGAAACCCAGCAUCUAAAACUCUUCAAGUCAACUGUGAGGAGAUUCCAGCACUGAAAAUUGUCGAUCCAUCACUGAUUCAUGUUGAAGUUGUACAUGACAAUCUUGUGACUUGUGGUAAUUCUACAAGAAUAGGAGCUGUAAAACGCAAGUCUUCUGAGAAUAAUGGAAGCCUCGUUUCCAAACAAGCAAAAUCUUGCUCUGAGGCCUCUCCCGGUAUGUGUCCUGUGCAGUCUGUUCCCACAACAGUUUUUAAGGAGAUUCUGCUUGGCUGUACUGCAGCAACUCCACCUAGUAAGGACCCAAGACAGCAAAGCACACCCCAGGCUGCUAACUCUCCACCUACCCUUGGAGCAAAAAUUCCUCAAGGAUGUCAUAAGCAGAGCUUACCAGAAGAACUUUCUUCCUGUCUAAGUACAAAGCCUGAAAUACUGAGAACAAAACCAGAUGUUGUCUGCAAAGCAGGGUUACUCUCCUCAAAGUCCUCUCAGAUUGGAACUGGAGACUUGAAAAUUCUGAGUGAGCCAAAAAGUGACUGUACCCAGGGGCCCAAGACAAACGCUGAUCAGGACAGCGGAUUGGAAUCUGUUUCACAACCAUUGACUGGCCUACCUAAGGAGUGCUUACAUACAAUGGAUUCUUCUAAGACAGAGUUGGAAAUUGCCAAUACUCCUGAAUUGCAGAAGAACCUAGAACAUGCACCUUCCACAUCUGAUGUCUCAGAUACGCCAGAAGUUAAGGCAGGUGCCAAUAGCAAUAGCCCUAAUACUUGUGCAGAAAAAAAGGUAGAACCUUCAACUUUAGCUUGCCGAUCACAGAAUUUAAAGGAAUCUGCAGUAAAAGUAGAUAAUGAAAGCAAUUGUACAAGAAGCAACAAUAAAAUCCAAAAUGCCCCAUCCCGGAAGUCGGUUUUGACAGACCCAGCUAAACUCAAGAAGCUGCAGCAGAGCGGCGAGGCCUUUGUGCAGGAUGAUUCCUGUGUGAACAUUGUCGCCCAGCUGCCCAAGUGCCGAGAGUGUCGCUUGGACAGUCUCCGCAAGGAUAAGGAGCAACAGAAGGACUCGCCUGUGUUUUGUCGCUUCUUUCACUUCAGGAGGUUACAGUUCAACAAACAUGGUGUGUUGCGGGUAGAAGGCUUCUUAACACCAAACAAGUAUGAUAGUGAAGCAAUUGGCUUGUGGUUACCUCUCACCAAAAAUGUGAUGGGGACUGAUUUGGACACGGCAAAGUACAUCCUGGCCAACAUUGGAGACCACUUCUGUCAAAUGGUGAUUUCUGAAAAGGAAGCUAUGUCAACUAUUGAGCCACACAGACAGGUUGCUUGGAAGCGAGCUGUCAAAGGUGUUCGAGAAAUGUGUGAUGUGUGUGACACCACCAUCUUCAACCUGCAUUGGGUGUGUCCUCGGUGUGGGUUUGGAGUGUGUGUGGAUUGCUACCGGAUGAAGAAAAAGAAUUGCCAACAGGAUGCUGCUCACAAGACUUUCUCCUGGCUGAGGUGUGUGAAGAGUCAGAUACAUGAGCCGGAGAACCUAAUGCCCACACAGAUCAUCCCCGGAAAAGCCCUCUAUGAUGUUGGAGACAUUGUUCAUUCUGUAAGAGCAAAAUGGGGAAUAAAGGCAAAUUGUCCGUGUUCAAACAGGCAGUUCAAGCUCUUUUCAAAGCCAGCCUCAAAGGAAGACCUAAAACAGGCUUCCUUGGCUGGAGAGAAGCCGACUCUUGCUACCGUGCUCCCGCAGAAUCCCUCCAUGCUAGAGCCAGCAGCCAUGGCUGGGGAAGCGGCCUCCAAGCCAGCUGGCAGCAUGAAACCUGCCUGCCUGGCCAGCACAUCGUCCUUAAGCUGGCUGGCAGACCUGACCAGCGGGAAUGUCAACAAGGAGAACAAGGAAAAACAAACGAUGCCGAUUUUGAAGAAUGAAAUCAAAUGCCUCCCACCCCUCCCCGCUUUGAGCAAAUCCAGCACAGUCCUCCACACCUUUAACAGCACAAUUUUGACACCUGUGAGCAACAACAAUUCUGGUUUCCUUCGAAAUCUCUUGAAUUCUUCUGCAGGAAAGACAGAAAAUGGACUCAAGAAUACACCAAAAAUCCUUGAUGACAUCUUUGCCUCUUUGGUGCAAAAUAAGACUUCAUCUGAUUUAUCUAAGAGGCCUCAAGGGCUGACCAUCAAACCCAGCAUUCUGGGCUUUGACACUCCUCAUUACUGGCUGUGUGAUAAUCGCUUGCUGUGCCUGCAGGAUCCCAACAACAAGAGCAACUGGAAUGUGUUUAGGGAGUGCUGGAAACAAGGGCAGCCAGUGAUGGUCUCUGGAGUGCAUCAUAAAUUGAACUCUGAACUCUGGAAGCCUGAAUCCUUCAGGAAAGAGUUUGGUGAGCAGGAAGUUGACCUGGUUAAUUGUAGGACCAAUGAAAUCAUCACAGGAGCCACAGUAGGAGAUUUCUGGGAUGGAUUUGAAGAUGUUCCAAAUCGUUUGAAAAAUGAAAAAGAGCCAAUGGUGUUGAAACUUAAGGACUGGCCUCCAGGAGAAGACUUUAGAGAUAUGAUGCCUUCCAGGUUUGACGAUCUGAUGGCCAACAUUCCCCUGCCUGAGUACACAAGGCGAGAUGGCAAACUGAACUUGGCCUCUAGGCUGCCAAACUAUUUUGUUCGGCCAGAUCUGGGUCCCAAGAUGUAUAAUGCUUAUGGAUUAAUCACUCCCGAAGACCGGAAAUAUGGAACAACAAAUCUUCACUUAGAUGUGUCUGAUGCCGCUAACGUCAUGGUCUAUGUGGGAAUCCCCAAAGGACAAUGUGAGCAAGAAGAAGAAGUCCUUAAAACCAUCCAAGAUGGCGAUUCGGACGAACUCACAAUAAAGCGAUUUAUUGAAGGAAAAGAGAAGCCAGGCGCACUCUGGCACAUAUACGCUGCUAAGGACACGGAGAAAAUAAGAGAAUUCCUUAAAAAGGUGUCAGAAGAGCAAGGGCAAGAAAACCCGGCAGACCACGAUCCUAUUCAUGAUCAGAGCUGGUAUUUAGACCGGUCAUUGAGAAAGCGUCUUCAUCAAGAGUAUGGAGUUCAAGGGUGGGCUAUUGUACAGUUCCUUGGAGAUGUGGUGUUUAUCCCAGCAGGAGCUCCACAUCAGGUUCAUAACUUAUAUAGCUGUAUCAAAGUGGCUGAAGAUUUUGUUUCUCCAGAGCAUGUUAAACACUGCUUCUGGCUUACUCAGGAAUUCCGAUAUCUGUCACAGACUCAUACCAAUCAUGAAGAUAAAUUACAGGUGAAGAAUGUUAUCUACCAUGCAGUGAAAGAUGCAGUUGCUAUGCUGAAAGCCAGUGAGUCCAGUUUUGGCAAACCUUAAUCUCCCAGCACAUUGGAACUGAAUUACUGGCAGCUGUUCAAACUCUUCAGGCAGGAUUCCUGUGGACUUUGAGAUUCAUGUUACCUCAUCUUCUUUUUUAAACUGUACCCGACUUGUGAGGGUACUCUAAUAUAUAUUUCUAGUGUUUACAAACACUAAAUGUGUAUAUGUAGUAACUAUUUACAGAACAUGCAUCCUUAAACUGUGACUUCUCACCUAGUGCGGAACUUUUGCCAGGCUGUUAAAACAAAACCUCCUGUGGGCUCUGGAACAAUACCUGCAGUUUUUCGCCAGCUGUUUGGACAACUUAGUCAAAUUGGGUUUAUAGCUACUAGGACCACCGAGCAGUUUAUUUGGGUUGUCUCUUGAUUUGCGUCUGUCCGAAUACCUUCUCCCUCGCCCCCUGAGGCCCAGAAGAGCAGUGGAGGAAGUGACAGCUGAUGAUGCAGUUCUCAUUGUAGCGCAUAGGACUGGCAUUCUAUAGCAGAAAUCAACUACUGUACAAUCCUUGGGGUUAACCAUCUUUAGUUAAAUGAAAUUUUAACUUAAAUGAAGCUUUGCUAAUUUUAAGUGUAAGCAUUUUGCAUUAAAAUAUUCAUA